AUGGUGAUGCUUCAAAGUGUCCUUUCACGUAUACCAUCCUUCUCCAUGACCUGUUUUAAACUCCCAGUAUCCUUAUGUAACCGUAUCCAAUCAGCGCUCACCCGGUUCUGGUGGGACGAUAAGUCGGGGAAGAAGAAGAUGGCUUGGAUCGCUUGGAACAAAAUGACACUUCCAAAGAGCAAUGGCGGUUUGGGCAUCAGGGAUAUACAUGCAUUUAACGAUGCUUACCUGGCCAAGAUAAGCUGGCAACUGAAGGAAAACCCAGACUGCCUCCUAGGGAGAAUACUCUUAAGCAAGUACUGUCCCAAUGGGAACCUCCUCACAUGUUCCGCGCCGAGUGCAGCCUCUCAUGGUUGGCAAAGCAUUCUGGUGGGGAGGGACUUAUUGGCUAAAAAUCUGGGAUGGAUAGUAGGGAAUGGGGAUUCAAUCAAGGUCUGGGAUGAUGCAUGGCUAACGCUUGAUGCUCUGUGCCGACCAAUGGGCCCAGCAACUAGAGAAUCAACUGAGUUAAUGGUCAAAGAUCUCAUCCUAGAGGAGACCGGCGAGCGGAACAGAGGUUAA